UUAAAAAAAAAAGUAAAAUCGAUUUUCCAAGCAUUACAACCAGAACGAAUUGAAUAAAAAUUUAAAUUCAUUUCGAUUUCGCUAUAAAAUACAUUUAAAAUACACGUUCCAUUUUCAUUUUUUAUUUUGUUUCCAUGGCAAUGGCAUCAACUGCAAUUUUUUCUGGUCACAUACUCACCAGAUGCGCUCAAUUGCCACCGCCUAACAAAAGAAACAAAUUCCCAGUCAAAGUUAACAAAAUAAAUGAAGUGAGUAUUUCUUAUUUGAAAUUAAAACCGGAGAGGGGUUCUGAAUGCAGAAUCAGAGCAAGCGAUUCAUCUUCUGUUUCAGCUAGUCCCGGAAAAAUGCCUGAUGUAUUAUCUGAAGAUGUGGAAAGUUCACUAGCAAUGGCUGAAGUAUUUGAUUUAAGUGGAAAAGCAGUUCGCUUAACAGAUCUAUGGAAAGAACGGAAGGCUGUAGUGGGUUUUGCUCGUCAUUUUGGAUGUGUACUCUGUCGCAAAAGAGCAGACAUUCUUGCAUCUCAAAAGGGAAGCAUGGAUGCUGCAGGGGUGGCACUCGUGUUGAUUGGACCUGGCAGCAUUGAUCAGGCAAAGGAAUUUGCUAAGCAAACUCAAUUUCCAGGAGAAGUUUAUGCUGAUCCCAGCCAUUCUACCUUUGAUGCAUUGAAGUUUGUUUCUGGAGUUUCGACUACUUUCACUCCAUUGGCUGGCAUGAAAAUAAUUGAGUCAUAUCUUCAAGGAUACAGGCAAGACUGGAGGCUAUCAUUCCAAAAGGAAACUGUGAAUAGAGGCAGCUGGCAACAAGGAGGCAUACUUGUUGCAGGCCCUGGUGAAAACAAUAUUGUGUACUUACACAAGGAUAGAGAAGCAGGAGAUGAUCCAGACGUUAAAGAUGUUCUGAAGGCAUGUUGCACUUCUUGACGGGUUUCCCUUUUGUUGGCAUGAUAAGGGAUCUCUCUCUCUCUCUCUCUCUCUCUCUCUCUCUCUCUCUCUCUCUCUCACACACACACACACACACACUCACACAGCCUUUCCUCCUGCCACCAUGUGCACACACAUAAUAGCCAUUGAAUAAACCAUCUGUUGACAUGAUGAUGCAAAUUACAAGGUGACUUGCAGAAAUUGAAUAAAUUUUGAUCGAACAAUUUUAUUUUAUAAAGUUAAAUUUUUAUUACCUGGAAACACAUAAUACUUGCAGCUGUCAACUGUAAAAAUGAUUAUCACAUGCCUUAGGCUUGAAGAAUGCAACUGCAAUUCUUUGUUUUUA